UUAUUUACCUAACUACCGAAGACUCCGUAGGCGUGUGCCAACUAAACAUCACAACUACAGGUCAUACAUUUCCACGUGUCAAAUUAUCAUUGGUUCCAAACCGUCCGAUUUUUUCGAUUUCGUCUUCGAAUAUUUUUUUAUUUAAUCCCUCAGCUCUGUUUUCUUCUCUCCAUAAUUUUUUAAAAAGUCAUGGAUUAUCAUCUUAGGGUUUUGUUCUCUGUUUCUCUUAUCUUUGUGUUCGUCUCUGUUUCGGUUUGUGGAGACGAAGAUGUGUUGAUCAGGCAAGUGGUUGAUGAAACAGAGCCGAAAGUUUUGUCAUCGGAGGAUCACUUUACUCUCUUCAAGAAGAAAUUCGGCAAGGUUUACGGUUCCAUUGAGGAGCAUUAUUACAGAUUCUCUGUUUUCAAAGCAAAUCUCCUGCGAGCGAUGCGUCACCAGAAGAUGGAUCCUUCUGCUCGUCACGGCGUAACGCAGUUUUCGGAUCUGACUCGUUCUGAGUUUCGGAGAAAGCAUUUAGGGGUUAAAGGUGGGUUUAAGCUUCCUAAAGACGCUAAUCAAGCCCCGAUUCUCCCUACUCAGAAUCUUCCGGAGGAGUUUGAUUGGAGAGAUCGCGGCGCGGUUACUCCCGUGAAAAACCAGGGAUCUUGUGGUUCUUGCUGGAGUUUUAGCACUACAGGUGCCCUUGAAGGUGCUCACUUCCUCGCUACUGGCAAACUCGUUAGUCUCAGUGAACAACAGCUCGUCGAUUGUGAUCACGAGUGUGAUCCAGAAGAGGAAGGUUCAUGUGAUUCUGGUUGUAACGGUGGGCUUAUGAACAGUGCCUUUGAAUACACGCUUAAAACCGGAGGGCUUAUGCGAGAGAAAGAUUAUCCUUACACCGGUACUGAUGGAGGGAGCUGCAAGUUAGACAGGUCUAAGAUCGUUGCCUCUGUCUCCAACUUUAGUGUUGUGUCCAUCAACGAAGAUCAAAUAGCUGCAAACCUUAUCAAAAACGGUCCUCUAGCUGUGGCGAUCAAUGCAGCUUAUAUGCAAACCUACAUUGGAGGAGUCUCGUGUCCUUACAUAUGCUCGAGGCGGCUCAACCACGGUGUGUUGUUGGUAGGUUAUGGCUCGGCUGGGUUUUCUCAAGCAAGGUUAAAGGAAAAACCGUAUUGGAUCAUCAAGAACUCGUGGGGUGAGUCUUGGGGUGAGAAUGGUUUCUAUAAGAUAUGUAAAGGUCGUAACAUUUGCGGUGUUGACAGUUUGGUCUCCACCGUCGCUGCUACCACUUCUUGAGCUUUUCAUUAUUCUGCUGCAAUGCUAUUUAAAGUCUGUAAAUAAAUGAUUAACAAAAACAUAUUUCUUGGUGAAUUCGAAACAACAAUGCC